UAAGGACGGCAAAGAAGUGUCAGUGGAGAUAUACGUAUUUUAGUUCGUCUACCUUGCAAAAAGUACAUUUGGACGGCAUUAUUUUUUCUGUUGAAGAAAACAUUUCAAUACUUUCAGAAAAAAAUGUUUCGUGCACCGCUUGUGAAGGUCUUACAAGGAAGCUUCGGUUCACCUACACAUCGGAUCGCAAGUAAAGCUGUUCACACUAGCGCUGUGGUCGCGCAAGCUCCAGCCAAGGCACCCGAAAAAAUCGAAGUGUUUGUGGAUGAUGUCCCUGUUAAGGUUUUGCCCGGUACAACUGUCUUGCAGGCAUGUGCUGUCGCUGGAGUGGAAAUCCCUCGAUUUUGUUAUCACGAACGACUGUCUGUUGCGGGUAACUGCCGCAUGUGUCUUGUGGAAGUUGAAAAAAGUCCCAAGCCAGUAGCAGCGUGUGCCAUGCCAGUUAUGAAGGGUUGGCGCAUAAAGACUAACUCCGAAAUGACAAGGAAAGCUAGGGAAGGGGUAAUGGAAUUUCUACUUAUGAAUCAUCCUCUGGAUUGCCCAAUUUGUGAUCAAGGUGGUGAAUGCGAUCUUCAAGAUCAGGCAAUGGCGUUUGGAUCAGAUCGUUCGCGGUUCACUGACAUUAACCAUAGUGGCAAAAGAGCGGUAGAGGAUAAAAAUUUCGGUCCACUUGUCAAAGGAGUUAUGACUCGUUGCAUACACUGCACACGUUGUGUGCGUUUUGCCUGUGAAGUUGCAGGUGUAGAAGAUCUUGGUACGACUGGACGUGGUAAUGACAUGCAAAUCGGAACAUAUGUCGAAAAGUUAUUCCUGUCUGAGCUUUCUGGAAACGUUAUAGAUUUAUGUCCCGUUGGAGCUUUGACAAACAAGCCAUAUAGUUUCGUGGCUCGCCCAUGGGAAAUUCGCAAGGUUAGCAGUAUUGAUGUUUUGGAUGCAGUGGGCAGCAACAUUGUAGUAAGCACUCGUACAAAUGAAGUGCUUCGAAUUGUACCACGUGAAAACGAUAAUAUAAACGAAGAGUGGCUCGCUGAUAAAUCUCGUUUUGCAUGCGAUGGCUUAAAACGGCAGCGCUUGGUCGCUCCCAUGGUCAGAAUGCCGAAUGGUGAAUUGCAAGCCGUAGAGUGGGAGGGAGCUUUAAUAUCUGUUGCUAAAGCUAUCAAAAAUGCAAAAGGAGCCGUGGCGGCUGUAGCUGGCCAACUAGCUGAUGUGGAAUCGCUUGUAGCUCUUAAAGAUCUAUUAAACCGUAAUGGAGCUGAAACUCUUUGCACCGAACAGAACUGCAAUAUUAAAGGCGCUGGUGCAGAUUUACGAUCGAACUAUGUUUGCAACACAACUAUAGCAGGUCUUGAGGAAGCAGAUGCUGUACUGCUCAUUGGCACAAAUCCGCGAUAUGAGGCUCCCUUAAUAAAUACACGAUUGCGUAAAGCUUACAUAAAUAAUGAAAUGAACAUUGCCUCUAUUGGUCCAAAAAUAGAUCUGUCAUACAACCAUGAGAACUUGGGAGAAGAUGCUAGUCUAAUAAAUCAAAUUUGCAGUGGCGCACAUCCCUUCUCAAAAACUCUUGAAAGUGCUAAGAAACCUGUUAUUUUGCUGGGAGCAGAUUUGCUGGAACGACCCGAUGCAGCUGGCAUACAUUCAACGGUGGCUUCAUAUUGUAAAAAACUUAACAAACAAGGCUGGAAUUCAUUUAAUGUUCUACAGAACAAUGCGGGUCAAACUGGUGCUCUUGAUGUUGGUUAUCAGCCGGGCAUUCAAGCUGCGUUAAAAACGCAGCCAAAAGUGCUCAUACUACUCGGUGCUGAUGCCGGAAAAGUGACUCGUGAAAAGCUACCCAAAGAUUGCUUUGUUAUUUAUAUUGGGCACCACGGCGAUAAUGGCGCAUCAAUUGCAGAUGCUGUUCUUCCCGGCGCUGCCUAUACUGAAAAGCAAGCAAUUUAUGUCAACACAGAAGGUCGUGCUCAACAAACGUUAGUGGCGGUGUCACCUCCAGGAAUGGCGCGUGAAGACUGGAAGAUUUUGAGGGCUUUGUCUGAAAUUCUAGGCACUCCUCUGCCUUAUGAUAAUUUGGAUGAAUUGAGAAAUCGCAUUGAAGACAUAGCGCCCCAUUUGGUACGUUUUGGAAAAUUGGAAGCCUCAACAUUUGGUGGUUUAAGCGAGCAAUUGAGUGUUCCGAAGUCAAUUGAUAAUACAAAAGUAGAUGUAAAGCAAAAGAAAUUGCAAGAAUACUUCAUGACUGACCCGAUUUCUCGAGCUUCGCCAACAAUGGCUAGAUGCAUUCGUGAAGUAGCCGGGGAAGAGGCAAAAGAACAACAGCAAAGGCAAGCAGCUUGCUAAAUAUUCAACGCUUAAUGAUAACCUAAAAAUCAAUAGUAUAAUUUUAAAAAUCAUAAUGUUUAACGUGCUGGAUUUUAUUCCUUCAAAAAUUAGAAGGAACGAAUUGUUGUCUAUCUAUCCACGCUGUGAUCCAAGCGAAUAUAUUUCAAAUUAAAGAUGAUACCAACAAUUUAAUGCUAAAUAUUAUAACAA